AUGGCCGGUCCUAACAUUGCUACGAAGUCGCCCGAGAGCGAUGCGCAAGAAGACAUCCCCCUCCAGGCUUCCCCCGCCCAUUCUACACUUGUUGUAGGAGAACACUGCGUUACCGAUCGACCCACUCCUAGCGGCCAAGCAUCGACGGGAGAGAUUAUCCAGAUCAACGAUGUUAAUGUGUAUAUAUCGAAACCGACCGACUACCCACACACGCCGGCGCGGUUGCUACUCCUUCUGACGGGCGGCACAGGAUUGCACUCGGUCAACAACCAGAUCCAGGCGGACAAGUAUGCAGGGGAAGGCUUCUUGGUCAUCAUGCCAGACCUGUUCAAUGGCGACCCCGCCCCAACAUCAGCAGCCUUCGAGGAGGAAGAUACGGGAUCACUCUUAGCCCAGGUCAGGAUGAAGGCCGUCGAAGCUGCCAAGAGUUUCCUCAUCGACAUGUGGCUGGCGAGACACACAGAAGAGAAAGUGCUGCCCAUCCUCUACAAGGUCAUUGAAGGAUGCAAGGAGAAGUACGCCGAUGCCGUGAAGCACGGAGAUGGCAUCUAUGCCGUUGGUUACUGCAUCGGGGGACGGUAUGUCCUAUUGCUGGGCAGAGAAAAGCAGCUCCCUGCUGCUCAGGUUCCUGAUGAGGAAGCUGGGGCAGUGAGAACAGGGCCUUUGAUCAAGGUUGGUGCGCUUGCUCACGCUGCAUCCGUCACGCCGGAUGACUUUGUGGGCUUGAAGGUACCAGUGAGCUUAGUCUGCGUUGAGAACGACUCUCUGUUCACGGAUGAGGUUAGGACGAGUGGCGAGGAUGCGAUGGGUUCUGCGAAUCUUGAACACGAAGUCAAAGUCUAUCCUGGAGUCCCUCAUGGUUUUGCGGUCGUGGGUCAGUAUGAGGAUGAGGGCAUUAAAGAAGCCCAGGCGACUGCGUAUGAUCAGAUGCUCAACUGGAUAAAAGAGCGCUGA